CCUGGCGACUUGACUAGACCGUUUGAAAGUAAAUGGCGUGCAUGGUAAUAAGACUGUGCCGAGUAUCAUUUUGACUUAUUUUAAACAGAAUUCCGAGUGAAGUAAUAUUGCGCUUCUAUUGUGUUGACGUAGAAAGGAAGAGUGGAAGGAUGUUUCGCAAGAAAACACAAGUUGAUCGACACGUGCAAGAUGUUUUACAGAAAUUAAAAACUGAAGAUGAGAAAAAACUACGUCAUUACAACUUUGCUAAGUUAUACUAUCAAGUAGGAGAGUAUGAAUCAGCUAGGAAAUAUGUGUCCAGCUAUUUGGAAGUACGUGAGAAUGUACCAGGUGCAUAUAAGUUGUUGGGACAAACAUUAGAAGCAUUAGGUCAGAAGGAAGCUGCUCUUGCUCAAUAUAAAGCAUCCCUUGAACUUGAACCUAAACAAGAUAAUCUGGUUCUAAAAGUCUGCGACCUGCUAGGUGAUAUGAACAUUGAAAUGGAUGUUGGUAUGGCAAGAUAUUGGGUUGAGAGAGCCGAUAGGCUAUUUCCACACCAUCCACUUGUAUUCCAAUUAAAGGAAAAGCUCUUGACUAUCGAUGGAUCCAACGAAGAUUCAGAUGACCUUGAAUCACUCAUAGCUUCUGAACUAUCAGCCAGACCAACUGAUGUUAAUCUACGCGUAAAGCUUUUACGCUAUUACAUGGAAAAAAAUAGACUUGAGGAUGCUUAUAAACACGCAUCAGCCGUUGAGGCUCUUCAUGCACACCGUGAUAAUGUCGAUUGGUAUCAAAUGCUCUGUGAGCUUUUUGGCAAGUGCAAGAGAUUAAAAAGUCGUGAUUCUUCAUUUUGGAUAUUGUACCUGUCAUCACUAGAACGGUAUGCAGCUUUAGCAUUAAACGAACAAGGAGAUGGAAUUAGGACAACCGUACCUGUUGCCGCUAUGGCAGUAUUGAAUUUUGAUCAGAUGUUGACAGAAGCAAAGCAGCGCAAUCUUCCUGGCAAUCACACCUUCACAGAGAGCAUGUUCACGCACAUGUGGGGACAGUUGCACUUUCAUUUGGCUUCCUUACUCCUACGCAAAACAAAAAGAGAACAAGGUAGUUGGGCCGAAGCUGGUAGACUUUGCGCGCCACUACUUUUUAUUGCAUUACAUGUCACUCCGUUGGAUAUUACCGCACCUUGGGCCACACAACUAAAGGAUAUAUGCAAGACUCAAGUUCAGCUUUGGUAUAAGGAAGGACAUUAUAGAUGCAGUCAAGCUGGACAUGUUCUUCAUGAUUAUGCACGAAAUGAUACCAAGAGAUUGCUUGAUAAGAUUGAUAGGUUCUGCAGUGGUGCUUGGAGGGAACGGGUUUAUCAUAGAAUAUUCGAAAGUAGAAUGCAGCAAAACAUGGUGAAGACAUCCUAUUUUGCAACACACAUUGCACCUAGUCCUCCAUUGCGACUAUGCUCUUAUUCCGAACUCAAACGUUAUGACGAAGUUGCGGAGGAAGUUUGGCCAGCUUCUUUACAUCAUCAUGUCUGGCUCGGCUUACGGAGUCGACCUCAUUACUCGCACAACAACAGCAAAGAGAAUAGCAGCAUUCAUCCUCAUCAGUACUGCCACGUUUUUCCGGAUUUACAAUUCUCUGUCUACAAUCUUCAAAAAGCAGCUGCAGAAUCUCUCAGUAGGCUGGACAUUGACGCUUUCCUCAAUGCUGCAGUUUUGUGCGCCUCGGUGGUUGUUGAGGAACAACAGCGAAGUGGAUUCUUGAGUCCUGACAAACUGCCAACUCUGCCAGCCGACAUCACCAGCACGCUUUGUACCAAUGCUCAAGAGAAGUGGUGGUCCUCGGCGUACAAAAUGUAUCGCGAGCAGGAUGCUGGAGAGAUAAGACAAAUUAUUCAACAAGGAUUAGAAGUCGUACGCUGUAUUGGAAGUCAUGGCUUGCAUUCAACGAUUUUGGUCCAUCUUGCUCGAAUAUUUGGUCACAGGGUCAAAGUAAUGAAGGGCAAGAAUGCUGAUGAUGGUAACAUUGCCGCCUUGGAAGCUCGCUGUGAGCUUUACUGGUCCGCUGCUGUGCCACUACUUGAAAGACUUCAGAACAACCAAAUCAUACGAACGUCUAGUUCCAAACUAUUUGACUAUCAAGGGAAGGAAAUGAACAAUGCUGAGCUUACGAAUGCAUUAGAAGAAGGUCGUUUACUCCUGGUUCAGAAAUACAUCAGAGAAAAGGAAUACGAACAAGCGAUAGAAGCUCUGAGAAUCUUGAAAUGUCCUGAUGCCUCCUUCCAGCAGGGACAGAUUUACAAGAAACUUGCUGACGAUCUCGUGAGCUCUCAACCCCCGGAAAGCUUAACAUCAGAAAUGAGAUCACAGCACAGCAUAAUGCUAAUAAAAGCUCGUGACUGCUUUUACUUGACAUUAGAUCGUCUACGUAGUCCUGGCUCAGACCCUAAGCAUCGUUUAAACUCAGAACUCUCCACCUACAUUUCUACUAUUGAGAACGAGCUGAAACGAAUCGAUCCAGACUUAUGGCGAGGAGAUCAAGUGCGUAACGAAUGUGAAUCCGAUGAGAGUUACUCGUCGGCACACAGUGUCGCUGACCAACCUGUUACCAAUAAUUCUUUAAUCGGGUUAGGUAGUUCCGUUCACAUCCUGUGUACUCCUCAAAGGAGCGCUCAUCGUACACCAAAGCAAUCGAGUACUCCUUGCAAACCACAGCAUCAGGAUAUUUUGGAACUAUCUAGAAAUCGUACGGAAGCACGACCCAGUCCAGAACGAUUGGAUGCGCAAAUCCGACAACUGAUCAGCUCAAAGGAGAGUAGCAUCCAGGCAUCAGUGGAUCAGAACAAAGCUCUGGUGGAAUUGCUGAACGCCGUCCUGGAAUCGAGUAACGCAUUGAAACAGCAAGUUGAAGAAUUGAAGAAAGAGGUGGUGGAAUUGCGUAAAGAGAACACUCAAAAGCAACAUAUUCAAAGUACAGUGAGUCAAAAUCUUGACGAAGAACUAUUCGCUCUUGGUGAGGAAGAUUACGGCGAUCUGAAUUAUGGUGUCAACGCAUCGGCACAAUCUGGAGGACCAGCUCCUGCCUUUCCUGCGAACGUCUUUGCUCAGUCUCAGAGACAUCCUGUCUAUUCGCCGAUGGUUUAUCCCUCGACAGCAGCCUUACAAGGCUAUUAUCAAGGCGGCUUACCAUUUAACGAUCCAACUACUCAGCAUAUGGCUCCUUUAUAUCCACCUGUGUACUCUAUGACUACUCUGUAUCCUCGUCCAACUGUUGAGCAGUCUAUUGGAGUCUUACCAAAAAUACCUGAAAGUGUUAUACAGCAGGGCUUCUUUGGUGGCGGGGCACGAUUACCUAAUCAAAUGCCUGAAAUUGUGCCGUUAGCUGUCAGUCAACCUGUUCAAAUGCCACCGCAACAAAAAGUUGAGAUUCCUAAGAACGAAAUCGUCAUAAAGGAUGCUCCGGUGAACAAGGUACCUCCAGUCAAUGUCGUGAUAACAACGUCUGACACUCUACCAACUACAGCACCUUCAAUACAGCCGACUCUGAGUGUAACUAUACCUGCGCAUCAUAGACUGGGUGGUUCGACUAGUAAAGCUAACGCGAAUCCUACAAAUGUUCCUCACAGUUAUCAGAUAUCCAUGCCUUCGCAUGCUAAUAUUCCUACUACUGUCAAUUUGCCACCAUUGUCUGCUACACUUACCAUUACUACUUCGGCGAAUAUGUCUGUAUCAGAAAAAGCCAGUAGGCAGGACACUAUCGUUUCUACAGGAUCUGCGAAUAACUCUAGUGAGUGGGUGGGCGAGGUAGAGCACGAUCCCAUACCUGACUUUCAACCUGUUAUACCACUUCCCGCUGAAGUUGAGGUAACUACUGGCGAAGAGGGCGAAACUACUCUCUAUUGUGCCAGAGCGAAGCUCUUCCGGUUUGUUGACAAAGAAUGGAAGGAACGUGGAGUAGGUGAUGUGAAAUUACUGAAAAAUAAUGAAGGAAAAGUGCGGCUUCUUAUGCGUCGUGAUCAGGUGCUUAAGAUUUGUGCUAAUCAUAUGUUGCGGCCGGAUAUGGAGUUGUCGAAGAUGCCUAGUAGCGACAAAGCCUGGAUAUGGGUCGCUAAUGAUUACGCCGAUGAGGAAAUUAGGUUGGAGAAGCUCUGCAUCAAGUUCAAGACUGAAGAGGAGUCAUUGAACUUUAAAGAACACUUCGAUAAGGCCAGAUUGUCUUUACCAUCAGAUUCCGCUACACCUACAAAGAUUGUGUCUGAGGUGGAGAGUACAGCUGGAACAACCCAGCCCCAAAUUACAGCGACGAAUACGAAGAGCACUGCUACAAUAAAGUCACCCGUCACAGUUGGUGGAUUUUCAUUUGUCUCGCAGCCAAUUAUACAGCCACCAAAAGAAACAGAUUCUGCAAAAGCGCAGCAGACACCAGUCGAACCCACAAAAGUUAGUCCAUUCCUUGGAUUUUCGUUUAUCAAGUCGGACUCAGCGAAGCCAUUAAGUAUUUGGACUGAGAAAAAAACGCAAGAUACAACAACGUCAGCUUCGGCAGCAGCAACCAGUCUUAUGCAACCAACUGCAUUCUCGUUUGUGAAAACAACCGCGACUCCUGCUCCUAUAAAUUUCUCCUUUAAAAAUUUGGCAGCUUCGGAAAGCUCUGCUUCGACUACAACAGUUGCAAGUGUUCCUGUAACAGUUGCUGCAACUGUUACUGCACCUCAACCUGGUCCUACUUUGGGAGCAAUUCAGCCAACAACCUAUUCAACUGGAAAUUCUUCCUCAAAUCCAAGCCCAAGCUUUCAUACACGGAUCUCAUUACGACGACCCCACGCACCUGCGCCAGCUGAACUGGCCGCAGCUGCCGCUGGUGGUGCCGGAAAGAAGGAUGAUACCAGGACAUCUGACAAUCGUCCCACAACUGAAGAUGGACCAUCGGAACCAGUUGAAGAUUUUGUUCCGACAGCUGAAUUCGCGCCAGUUAUUCCUUUGCCAGAUAUUGUUGAGGUGGUAACUGGAGAAGAGGGAGAGACCGUGCUCUUUGAACAACGUGCUAAACUUUUGAGAUUUAACAGCGAGACGAAAGAGUGGAAGGAACGAGGAAUCGGAAAGAUGAAGAUACUACUUCAUGUGGAUUCUGGCAAAAUUCGUUUAUUGAUGCGUCGGGAACAAGUACUGAAAGUUUGUUGUAAUCAUACUCUUCUUGCAAAUAUGAAAUUCACUUUCAUGCCAAACAGUAAUACGUCCAUUAGUUGGUACGCGCAAGACUAUAGUGAAGGUGAAGUCAAAGGAGAAGCUUUUGCUAUACGUUUCAAGACUGACGAACAGGCAUCAGAGUUCCACAAGACGAUAACCAGUAAUCAACAGAAAAUGAUCAACGAUCGCAUUCCUGUUGUUGAUUCAGGAAAUCAACAGAUUAAGACUAAAGAGAAAAUUAAACAAUCGGAAACGAGAGUAUCCCAGUCGACGGGCAACGAUGUAAAGUUAGCUGGUAAAGAAAAAGAGCAAAAGUCGUUGUCAGAAAUGUUUAAACCAAGUGCAGGAUCCUGGGAGUGCAGCUCUUGUUAUACCAGGAAUAACUCUGACCAGACAAAGUGUGUAGCUUGCGAGGGACCUUCUCCAAAUGCAAAGUUUACCAGUGACUCCACAAAAGCUCCUUCCGACUGGGAAUGUAAAAAUUGCUACACAAAGAACUUCAGCAGCCAUUCCAAAUGCGAGUCUUGCAACGCUCCGUCGCCACUCGGUACAGUGAUCCAGUCGCAGGCACCAUCUUCUCAAGUACCUCUGUCUCAAAUAUUCAAGCAACCGGCUGGUUCCUGGGAGUGCAAGACUUGCUGUAUCGUUAACAGCAGCUCUAAUUCUUAUUGCGCUGCCUGUGACACACCAAAAGACCCUCAGAUGCCACCAAAACCAAAGGCUUUUGGUGGAUUCAAUUUGAGUACGACAUCAUCGACUGCCUCUGCAUUUACUUUCGGCAUUCCUGCAUCGAAUGGGAGUCAGCCUAUCACUUUUGGAAUCUCCAAGACUGAAGCUAAAGUUGGAGCUGACUCUAGCAAACCUAUCAUGAUCCCCAGUGCCUUUGGUACUGGAAACAAACCUGAUGAUUCUGGAAGGAAAUUCGUAUUUGGAAUCCCAAAAAAAGCGGACACUCCAACGGAUCCGGAAGUUCCUUUCGUAUUUGGAUCUCCAGGAAAAUCAUUCGAUUUUCACUUUCAAGCUAAAUCACCAGUGAAAUCUCCUGGAGGUGGAGAAACCAGCGAGGAUGAGGUUACUGAGAGCGAUGACGUAUACUUCCCUCCAGUUAUUCCUUUGCCAGAUAAGGUUGACGUGAAGACUGGUGAAGAGAAUGAGGAAGUUCUUUACAGCCAUCGUGCAAAACUAUUCAGAUUUGACGACUCUGCCAAAGAGUGGAAGGAACGUGGUCUCGGAGACAUUAAACUCUUAAAGCAUAAGGAAACCGAGAAGCUGAGACUGGUUAUGAGAAGAGAUCAAGUGUUAAAGUUGUGCUUGAAUCACUUUGUUCCUGAAAAUCUUGAGCUAACGCCAAAAGACGAUAAGACCUGGCUCUGGUACGCUGCUGACUUCAGCGAGGGCGAGAUCGAGCGUGAGAAAUUUGCUUGUCGAUUCAAAACAGCGGAAAUUGCUCAGGAGUUUAAGAAGACCGUCGAUGAAGCUAUCUCAUCUGCAGGAACUCCUAAUGCAAAAACAGCACAGAAGCCUAAAGUCAAAUCUCCUGAGUCGAUAAAGAAAAAUCUCUUCAAAGAUGACUCAACACCUACGGACGUGGAAAUCGUGUACGAGUCAAAGGUAACCGCUGAAGAGAAGAGUGCUGCGCUGAAACUGAAACUACCUGAGAACUUCUAUGCAUAUCUACAAAAAGAGGAUUGUCCGGGUUGUAUAGGAUGUAGGGAACCACAAAUUCCACUGUUCGCUGAUGCGGCCAGAGAAUCAACUUUGCCGGAAAAAAUAUCAUCUCCAUUUACUACUGGACAACUUUUCGGUUCUUCGACAACGCUCUUUGGGCAGUCGACUCCUCAGUCAUUGGAAGCUAACCUGGAACGUACUAAAAUCUCUACAACAACAGCGACAACUUCAGUAAUAACUUCGACUUUCACUACUUUUGGCGAUAAGUCAUCGGGGAACCUUUUUGGUGGCAGUGCAACGACUGUCUCCACUUCCCCAGCAAUGCUUUCGUUUGGGCACGGAUUUACUUCAAGUCAGUCUGAACCAUUCAAGCCAAAUGUGACAACCAGUUCAGAUAACUUACAAGCUGAUGAUUCUUCAUCGGCUGCAACGAUGCCUUUUAAGACAGAUCUGUCUUCGCCUAUGUUUGCUGAAAAAAAUACUACGAUCUACCCAUUUGAGUCUACAGUUAAUGAUAGUACAUCUGCAUCAAGCAUCACAACAACAACACCUCACACUGGAUCAGUCCCCUUUACAACUAAUGCGUUAGUCUCAACGACCCAAUGUGAUCCUGCUAAAUCAAGCAGUGAUUUGUUUAAAAUUUGUAGUCCAUCCAGUACAGGAACAACCGUGAAUCAGCCUGCAGGUGCAACAUUAUUCGGAGAAACAACAUUGUUUGGCAAUUUAAGGACACCACAACAGGUUUUUGGAUCAUCAGCAACACCAGUAUUUGGAGCCAGUAGUACAACCAAUAUUUUUGGCGGUAAUACAGCUGCCUCCAAUACCAAAUCCAUCUUUGAUGGAUCGAGUAAAACUAAUCAGAGUGCAACUACAACCUCUGGAAUUUUUGACAGUAGUCAAACGGCACAACCUAACACGCUUAGCAAUAUAUUCGGAGGUGCAACUAAGACAACAGUAACAUCAAAUACGUCGACAAGCACGCCUUUCUUUGGUGGUGCAAACAAGACCUCUUUCUUUGAAGGUCCAAGUAAAAUAUUUGAAACACAAGUAACAAAAAGCAACAUAUUCGGUUAUGGCACUCAUUCGUUACCCAGUUUUAGUUCAGUCGCAGCUAAACCUAGUCCUAUUUUCGGUGGACAAAGUACUGUCACUCCAGUCGCUAAUACAACCUCUAGUACUACUUCUGUCUUUGAUGGGACGUCUACGAACUUUGCCUCUAAACUGGCGUUUGGUAACGGUACUACUGCUACGACAACAUCCCUCUUCGGCAGUACAAUAUCUACAGCUACAGUGAGCAGCACAGUUCCCGUAGAACAAAUCAGUCAGGAUGAGGUUAAGAAGGAAGCGAACUUGCCAAGCUUCUUGCAAGCUGACAAUACUGUCACAUUCUCAGCAUUGGCAGCGAAAUCUCCUGGAACUCCAGCCUUUAAGAGUGAUCCAAACUUUUCGUUUGCCGGUGCCGGAUCUUCUGUCUUUGGAGCGAAGACAACAGCUGCGACUACACCGACUGUAAAGCAGCCUCAGAGUAAAGGUAAAAAGUCUGAGAAGAAAGCUGAUGACGAGGAUGAGGAACAGGAUGAAAAUGAUAACGAACAAGAACAUGAUCCACAUUUUGAACCUAUUAUUCCUCUACCGGACGCCAUUGAGGUUUACACCGGCGAAGAGGAUGAAGAGAAAGUAUUUUGCAGUCGAGCAAAGCUCUACAGGUAUGCAACCGAGACUCGGGAAUGGAAGGAACGUGGCGUAGGCGAGAUGAAGGUCCUGUAUCAUCGACAAAAGGGAACAUACCGACUCCUUUUGCGUCGAGAACAAGUCCACAAGACUGUAUGCAAUUUUCGUCUGACCUCGGAUAUUCAAUUCAAACCAUUAUCGACUUCGAGAAACAGCUGGAUCUGGGCCGGUAUUAAUUACGCCGACAGUAGCAACCCGACAGCUGAAAAUCUGGCUGUGAAAUUUAAGACGGAUGAACUAGCGAAGCAGUUCAAGGAUGUUGUCGAUAGUGCUCAGGAAGAUCUUCGAAGUAAAGAGCAGCAGUCAAAAGGCAAUAAAGAGCGGACGGAUGAGGAGAAGGAAGCGGAUAUUUGGCACGAGGAUACCAAUGAAGAAGAUGACGAUGAUGAAGAGGAUGAGGAUGACUUUGAAGAGGAUCCCUUCACAACCUUCAGAAAAUCAGUCACCCUCCUCGCGCAAGACGAACGUAGUAAAGCUUGGAACGUCGUUGCCAGAGGAAUGCUAAAUCUUGCAUACGAUGGGGAAACUUCUAACUUUAGAAUUAUUAUAAAAUCUACUGAAACUGGGGACCUUGUCAGCAACACUCUUAUCACUGUCGAUAGUACCAUGCAGGUGCACGAAAAUAUUUGCACGUGGUCAACUGUGGAUUACGCACUGCAACCGUCUACAAGAAGAAACUUAAAACUUGUCUUUUCUUCAGAAAGGUCUGCACUGUCGAUGCACCAUCGUUUUGAACAGAGUCUUAAAUACAUACAAGAAAAUGAUAACGAGGAGCUGCAGCUGUCUGAAUAAUCGUGGUACUUUAACAUGGUACUUUGACAUAAAUGUAUGUCAAGGGGUUAAAUCGAUAAAAGUCUGUUAUUUUUAUUUUACUUUUAAUCGAACCUAGGCAGUCUUUUACCUGUACACUAUUGCUUGUUUAUGAAUCAAUUUUUUCCUGAUAAAAACCCAACAUACAGUCACAUCUCUACAUUAUAAUUAAUUCAAGAAUAUCCAUCCUCUUUGUGGAUGGUGGCGAGACAUUCGUGUAUACCCGUAAUGAAAUACCGUACAAAAUAAAUUUCAUUUACUACGUAAUACUUAAAUAUAUUUAUUGAUUUUUUAA